AUGAUUUUCAUUCUAAUAACGAUUGUUAUCACCACUUCAUUGGAAUGUACCAAUGCUUGUGGGGUAUCAACACAUAUUUCCAUUGCAAAUGAAGCAUUACAGUCGUUUGCCGACACUGCGGAAUACAACGUUAGUUACCGAGAUAUUAUUUUGAAUAACUACGACGCAUUCUACGCUGGCAGCAAUUACCCAGAUGCUAUGUAUUCAUCCAUAUGCUUCGGUGGUCGUUAUCACGAUAUUUCCGAGGAUACUCACUGGGCACCAUUCCUUAACGCAACUGUGAACUACAUUAGGAAAACAUACACUAAACCAUGGAGUAAGGUAAAGUAUCGGAGGAUACGCGCCAAGUCUGCCCCCAAAGGUUUUUUAUUUCGCCCAUCCUUCAUAUCUGUAGACAUCUCUGGUGAGUAAUUACGGAAGUAAGAAAGGGAAGUACAUUAGAUCAAAUAUUUGAAUAGGAAGCGACGGGCAUCAGGAGCAUUAAUAUUUUAAUAGGGGUUUUUCACUGAAAGAAAAUAAAAACUUGAAAAUUAAAUCAUAUUGAAAUUUUAGCUUUUUAAAAGGUUAAAUUGAGACCCUUUGCACCACGAUCCCUAUACAAGCGCGGCGGUCAAUGCCUCAAUGGUCAUGCGUCGUAUAUAUUAACAAAUGCAUCAUGCAUGAUGCAUGCAUGGUAUACUUUCUAUUUAUAGGCUGCAGAGAAACUUAUUGCGUUUACAUUUGGUGUUGUUUCCCACCAAGUGGCUGAUAUAACAUGGCACAGUCUAGGUAUAGACCAGGGGUUUCUACGGAUUAUGGCAAACGUUAAUUUCCAUGGGUCGUUUUCUACUGCUCAUCCCCUUGGCGAUGCUGGUGGUGAUAUGGUUUCUCUUUUUGAGGGAGAUAUCCACGAUAUCUCAUUAUCAAAAACAUGGUAUUAUUUUUAUACACACUCCUAUGCAGCUAUUAGGAUACCUGGAGAGAUUCAGAAAU